AUGAUCAUAUCGGAAUUUGGUGGUCGCCCCUCUGUGAUGCUUGACCGUAACUUCAUUAAACGUAAUAAUUUUCGUAAAUAUCAGCAUUCAUCAAAAGGUGAAACUUUGCUUCGUGAAGAACUCUUGAGAGUUUUGCUUUUAACUGUUGGCUCAUAUUUUGUAUCGAAAAGUUCUCAAUGUUGCCAUAGACCUACCAAAUAA